GAGAGAGAGAUGUCUCUGCGUCUUUGCGCUCGGAGCUAAAUCCUCGCGCAGCUUUUAUUUUUAUUUAAUUUUAUUUAUUUGAUUGUAGGUUUUGUUUCCGAGCUUCUCUCGAGCGCGAGAUGGAGAUGGGUUCCUGAAACAGACUUCUAGUGAAAGUGCAUCAUUAUGACUAACCGGACGAACGCGUCCAGCUGUUUGUGUGACGGUGACGCGCCGGACAGCACAACACACACAGACCUGGACUGGGACUUUGAGUACCCGGUCCAGCUGUAUCCUGUGCCAGUGUUAACCGGGAUCACUGUGACCUGCUCGCUCCUGUUCCUGGUGGGAAUUAGCGGAAACCUGCUGACCAUCCUGGUGGUCUUGAAGUACAAGGACAUGCGGACCACCACUAACCUGUACCUGUGCAGCAUGGCGCUGUCGGACCUGCUGAUCUUCCUGUGCAUGCCGCUGGACCUGUACCGGAUGUGGCGCUACCGGCCCUGGAACUUGGGCGACCAUCUGUGUAAGCUCUUCCAGUUCAUCAGUGAGAGCUGUACCUACUCUGCAGUGCUGAGCAUCACGGCGCUGAGCGUGGAGCGCUACGUGGCCAUCUGCUUCCCGCUCCGCGCCAAAGUGCUGGUGACCCGCGGGCGCGUGAAGGCGCUCAUCCUGCUGCUUUGGCUAGUGGCUCUGUGCAGUGCGGGACCCAUCUUUGUUCUGGUGGGUGUCGAGCACGAGAACGGCACCGACCCGCACGAGACCAACGAGUGCAAAGCGACCGAGCACGCAAUCCGGUCCGGGCUGCUCACCGUCAUGGUGUGGAUCUCCAGCGUGUUCUUCUUCCUGCCCGUGCUGUGCCUCACCGUGCUCUACAGCCUCAUCAGCCGCACUCUGUGGAGAAGGAAGAAGAACCCAGUGGGACCCGUGUCCAGUCGGGAGAAGAACAACACACAGACGGUGAAGAUGUUAGCCGUGGUGGUCUUUGCGUUCGUUCUCUGCUGGCUGCCGUUUCAUUUGGGCCGCUAUCUGUUCUCCAAGUCAUCAGAAGCUGAUUCUCCACUAAUCACUCAAAUGAGCGAGUACUGCAACCUCGUCUCCUUAGUUCUGUUUUAUUUCAGUGCCGCCAUCAACCCCAUUCUCUACAACAUCAUGUCCAAGAAGUACAGGAUUAUGGCCUGCAGGCUGUUUGGAGUGAGAUGCACUCAAGAGCGCUCAAAGUCGUUGAAUUCGGAGAACUGCCCGGUGUGGAACGAGUCCAGUGGAACCACAUGACAGAGGAGGAGUGGGUUCUGCUCUGAGGGCUGAAAGGUUCCUGUGGAGGCAAGAGGAAUUAUACACAAAUCCUUUUGAGCGUUCAAGCUUUUUAAAGUGGUGUAAAAUCACUCCGAGGGGUUACGGGUCAAAACGGCUCAGAACAGAUAAUUGACUUUUAUUAAAAAAAACUGUAUAAUUUCUCCAGUAGAGUGAAAACUUUUAUCUGUACUUCAUCAUAAAAACCCUGAACUGCU